GUGGCCAGCAGCUCUCAAGCAACUCACAUGUCCUUGGCGGGCUCCAUCUUGGCCUCGGGCUCCCGCUGACACAUCGGAGAAGCCCAUCCACCGGCCUCCCCGCCUGGCGUCCUCCUCGGCAGACCUGAGCCAUGGAGGCCCCCGAGGUCCCCGUGGGCUCGCUGAUUGACUUCGAGACUGAGCCAUCCGCCUCCUCGCCCCUGGAGGUGCUGCCUCCCAAGCUGCAGGAUGGGGACAGCUCCCAGGGCGACGGCGCAUCCGAGAGUGAGACCACGGAGUCAGCGGACAGCGAGAACGACAUGGGCGAGUCGCCCUCACACCCUUCCUGGGACCAGUACCACCGUUCCUCCUCCGAUGAGUCCUUCUCUUCCAGCCAGAGCACCGAGUCGGCCAAGGACGAGGAGACCCUGGAGCUCAGGGAGUUCAUGCACAGCUACGUGGAGAAGAUCUUCUCCGGAGGAGAGGACUUGGACCAGGAGGAGAAAGCCAAGUUUGGCGAGUACUGCAGCAGCGACAAUGGGAAAGGCCGGGAGUGGUUUGCCCGCUACGUGAGUGCCCAGCGCUGCAACUCCAAGUGUGUCUCAGAGCCAACUUUCUACCGCCUGGUGCAGUCUUUCGCAGUGGUCCUGUUUGAGUGUCAUCAGAUGGAUGACUUUGGGCCUGCCAAGAACCUCAUGACCAUGUGCUUCACGUACUACCACAUGGGUAAACCACCCCUGCUCCGCUCGGAAUCCAAGGAGAAGCCUGCAGGGAGCAUCGACUCCUACCUGAAGUCCGCCAACAGCUGGUUAGCAGAGAAGAAGGACAUUGCUGAGCGGCUGCUGAAGAAUACGUCGGCCAAGACGGAGAACGUCAAGGGCUUCUUCGGGGGGCUGGAGACCAAACUGAAGGGACCCCUGGUCAGGAAAAAUGAGGAAGAGGACAACAAGCCCAAGGAGAAGCCGCAGAAGACAGUGACCGUGUGCAACCCGGAGGAGGAGAGGAAGGGAGAGAAGAUCUACCUGUACACGCACCUGAAGCAGCAGCCCAUCUGGCAUACGUUGAGGUUCUGGAAUGCAGCCUUUUUUGACGCUGUCCAUUGUGAGAGGAGAAAGCGGUCUCCCACGACCAGAGGGGAUGCUGGAGAGGAGGAGAAGAAGAGGGAGAAGUGGUGCCACAUGACCCAGGAGGAGCGCGACGACAGCCUGCGGUUCAACGAGAACAUCACCUUUGGGCAGCUGGGCACCUUCACGCACAACAUGCUGGCAUUCGGACUGAACAAGAAGCUGUGCAACGACUUCCUGAAGAAGCAGGCCGUGAUCGGCAACCUGGACGAGGAGCAAUACAAGCUGCUGAGUGACCACAUCGAGCAGAUGGCCACUGAGUAGGCUGCAGGAGGACUGAGGGUGCACGCUGCUCUCCCAGGCCAGCGACUGGCCGUCACCCCACCCGAUGACCCUGCAUGACAUCGGCAGCAGCCAGAGCCACUCCAGCUGCCCUACAACUAGCGCUAGAAGAAUCUGGCU